AUGGAGAUCACCAAGGUCGACCUUCGAGGGCUGGAGCCUGGCCGGCCAGGGUGGGACGAAGCCCGGGACGCGGUGACCGCGUCCAUGGUGGCGCACGGCUGCGUUGUGGUGCAUGUCCAGCACGUCGGGCUGGACGAGGACAUCCGGCAGGCGCUGUUCGGCCGCGCCAUGCCGGAGCUGUUCGCGCUCCCCGCGGAGGCCAAGCAACGCAACACCAACAAUGACAUGCAGUACGGAGGGUACAUCGGGCAGAUACCCGGCAUGGCGUACGAGAGCUUGCGCAUCAAGGAUGUCACCGACGCCUGCCACAUCAGCGACUUCGCCUGUCUGCUCUGGCCGCAGGGCAACCCCGCCUUCUGUGACACGGUUGGGGAGUUCGCCAAGAAUGCUGUCAGCCUGGAGAAGACGGUGACGAGGAUGGUCUUGGAAGGCCUCGGUGUCCGAGACGAACACACCCUCGACUCGCACCGCGACCAGCUCUGCUACAGCUUCAGGAUGUCCUACUACGGCAUCUGCCCGGAGGAGAACACGUCCAAGCUGAGCCUGCCGGAGCACCGUGACUACGGCAUGACCACCAUCAUCGUGCAGCACGAGGUUGAGGGUCUGGAGGUGCAGCUCAAGGACGGAAGCUGGUUCGCCGUGCCUCCUGAGCCGGACACGGUCGUCAUCCUCGCCGGCGAGCUACUCAACGUGGUGACCAACGGACGGGUGCGGGCCUGCCUCCACCGUGUCAGGACGCCGAGCAAUCGGGAGCGCUUCUCCGUGGUGCUAGGUUGCAUGCCCACCCAAGGCUCCACGGUGCGGGCGAUGGAGCAGCUCGUCGACGAGGGCCACCCUCUGGUCUACCGUCCGUGCGAUCCCUACGAGUACAGCGCCUUCCAGUACUCGGACGAAGGCCGCAAAUCAGGCGACGCGCUCAAGGCUUUCUGCGGAGUAGCUAAAGAUCUAGAUGGACCAGCUGUGUGAUGAAUUCACCGAUGAAGAUAUGACCGCGGAAGGAACUCUGCAUGGAACAUUUUUCCUUUAUUUUCGCCUGUGCUUACAUAGUUGAGCACGUACGCUCUCCUAUGGGUUUAUCUGUCGAAUAAUGUUUUCUUAUGUUUUCAGUUUU